GUUUCACUUUCUCCACCUAAUUCAUAUCACCAACCGCGUCUGCUCAGGUCGUUAAAAAUGUGCGAAGAAGAAGAAAAGCUUUACUCGGGCAAAAUACUAAUUCAAUAUUUCCACGCACUGAAUUGGUGACGGAGGAGGUGAGUGUCACCGUCUGGGAGAGUCGUGAGUGCGUCUCAUGUCAUCACAAUGACCGCUGGAGGUCCCACUUCAGAGAAAGACACAGAUAAGACUCAAAUGCGUUUUAUGUUGUCCGUAUGGAUUUUACAGUAUGUACACCAUAACUGAUCUUGCUCCCCUAUUCAGACACCCUCCGCCUUCUCAUUAGUUCUUUAAGCGCGUUACUUUUGCAAAUGCAGUCCAGCGCGCCCCGGCGACAAUCUUACUUUCGAUGCAAGAAAGUUUGAGGUUUUCAGCCGCUGUGCAGGCAUCUCGGCAGAAACAUUUGUAUUAUGGCUUCGGAUCAAGAAAGGAACAGGCAGCGUCUGAAACAGCUUUUGGAGAAACCCGGCAAUGGAAACUGUGCCGACUGCGGAGCUGCAGAUGCAGAAGUAACACCUAUGAGGCUCUACCCUGUCGGGGUGAUUCAAGAUCCGGAGUGGGCAUCCUACACCCUGGGAGUGUUCAUGUGUCUCAGCUGCUCUGGCCUUCAUAGAAACAUUGCUCAGGUCAGCAAGGUGAAAUCUGUCUUGCUGGAUCCCUGGAGCUCCUCUGAGGUGGAGUUUAUGGACUCUGUGGGUAACAAUGCGGCCAAGGCCAAGUAUGAACAGAUAGUUCCUGCCUUCUACUACUGUCCUACACACAAAGACUGCAUGCUCCUGCGGGAACAAUGGAUACGAGCCAAGUACGAGCGGAAGGAGUUCAUGUGUGUGGAGAAGCAGGAGCCCUACUCGGCAGGCUACAGAGAGGGGUUUCUAUGGAAACGUGGCAGAGACAACGGACAGUACCUCAGCCGAAAAUUUAUUCUGUCCGAACGGGAAGGCGUUUUGAAGUACUUCAACAAGCAUGAUGCCAGAGAGCCCAAAGCGAUAAUGAAGAUAAACACUGUGAAUGCCACUUUCCAGCCAACAAAAACCGGCACUAACCACGGCCUGCAGAUAACCUAUUUGAAGGACAACAGCACUAGGAAUAUUUUUGUUUACCAGGAGGAUGGAAAGGAAAUGGUGGACUGGUUCAACGCCAUCAGAGCAGCCAGGUUUCACUACUUGCAGGUGGCUUUUCCAGGAGCUACCAACUCUGAUUUGUUGUCAAAGCUUACCAGGAACUACAUAAAGGAGGGUUACAUGGAGAAGACGGGUCCAAAGCACACAGAGGGCUUCAAGAAGAGAUGGUUCACGAUGGAUGACAGGAGGCUCAUGUACUUCAAAGAUCCACUGGAUGCCUAUGCACGAGGCGAGGUGUUCGUUGGUAGUAAGGAAAACGGCUACACUGUGCUUCCCGGCCUCCCCCUGAACAUUCAGGGCUACCAUUUGCAGUUUGGAAUUACCAUAGUGACCCCAGACCGGAAGUUUCUAUUUGCGUGCGAUACUCAAGAGAAUCAGGAAGACUGGAUCGCUGCAUUUCAGACUGUUAUCAACAGACCAAUGCAGCCUCAGGAUUAUGCAGUGGAGGCCUAUUUUAAGCACAAACCAUGACUGCCUUAGUGUUUGAAGAGAUGUGAGUGCAGGGAGGGGAGAUGGAGGAAGAGAAGGACUUACUCUCAUGUUGGAAGUCUUUAUAAAGACUUAAGUGGGACAGAGAAAAAGUUACAGUUACCGAUCUCACAGUGACCCCUUCACGCUACCUGCAAUCCUGCUUAACCUCACCCACAUUUUGUGCCAGAUCCAUUUUGUUAGGGAGUCUGAAUCACUCCUAAAGUCAUGAAUGUUAGCCUAACUUACUAAUUUGUUACGUACUGUGACUUACAUACUUGAAAAAGGUCAGUCAUACUGACCUGAAUGUGCAGAAGUAUGUUUGUAGGAAUCAGAACUGUUGCUGCUCCAAUGUCAAUGUCUCUUCUCAGUAUGAGUACUUAAAUUACUUAAUACAACUUAACCUUGCAUUUCAACCAAGUGUACAAACUGAGCCCUUCUGGCCAGUUCUAUACACACACACUCAGAUAUCUUACACAGAACUGUAAUGCGUCACUAAAGAAGAAAUAAUUCAUCCAUUUCCAUGUAUGUGUACAGUGGUAUUUAAUUCUCAAUGUAUUGGUUUUAACUGUCUAAUUUGCUACAUGCAGCUUGUAACGUUCAAAUGCCAAGCAGUGAAGAUAUAAUUUAUAUAUUCUUUGUACAUAUUCAAGCAGCUGAAUGUAAACUGAUUUGUGUAUUGUAAUCACAUUUAACAAUAUGCCUGCAUUCCCUUUCUCUUGUUUUUGUAAAACCGUAAAAAUUGUGAUCCAAUUCUUCAUAUUUACUUUCUUAUAUGAUUUAUCCAGCAGAGGGAGGCAGAGGAAAAGCUUUAAACUUACUAAGGGGCGGGUUAAUCUCAUCACACCAGUGACUGUUUGUGCUGAACAGAAAGGUGCAAAGAUGCUUUUGAGCAGUAUUACGAUGGGGAAGUGAAGCAAACCAUGCGAGCAUGCAUCUGCCUGGCUCAAGUGUCACCGAGCAAGACAUUAAAUCUCCACCGCACAGUACCUCUUGCUCUGAAAUGUUGUCACUAUUAAGAAGGAUGAAAGCAAUAUUACCUUCUAUUUUUAUUGUAGUUAACGUUCAGAUACAAGAAAGAAGUUGCACAUUGAAAAGUAGUAAAAACCAAUAAUCAAUACAUUACUCUGAACAUCAAGAUUUGGAAAAACAUGAACAUAUGCAGUAAAUACUGUACAGAGAUGACCAGUUUCUAUAAUUAAGAUGAACUCUACCAAAGCAACAGUCAUAAAAAGAGGCCUAUGCUUCUGUUAUGUUAAAAGUUUAUAAGAAACUUCAAAAA